AUGUUAUCGCGUGCCUGGCGAUGCGGUGUACAGCGGUCUGCGCUACUGCAAGCCAGAGGGAGGGUCUCCGCCCAACUGAGCGCGUACUUGCACGCGUCGACAACCCAGCACAAUGCCGCACUCUCGCAGCAGGGUUUGGACGUGCGAAACCUUGCACCAUUACCACCUCCUAAUGGUGAUGCAGAACCCCAUCCGGUGCGCGUCCGCGGUGCACACAUCAUAAACCGAGCACCCAGACGCCACGGCUGGAAAGAGUUCGCCCUCGUCUCCACCCUCGACGCCUCCAAACUCCAACCCACCGACGUGCAGGACCUCUCCGGCCUCCGCUUCCACGGCAUCAACAUUAUUCCCGACCCCGACGACCGCGCCAACUCCCACCGCAAGCGCGACAUCUACCGCAUCCCCUUCACCUACACCCGAUGGCCCCUCACUGCGCCGUCCCUCCUCGCGCCCUUUCCCGAGGGCACGCGCGGCUUCUUCUACUUCUACCAUAACGCGCUGCAUCCGGCAACUAGCGGCGUGCGCUUCCGCGUCGUGCCCUCGGGGCGGCCAGAGGACUUCGCGGCGGGGCACGACCUGUUGACGUCCGAGGGCGUGGUGUGGGGCCCGCGCAUGUACCGGCUGGUCUUCCCCUUCAAGCCUGGCGCGCCUCGCGGGUACAGGCUCUCGGACGAAGAACUCAGGAGCGAGUACUACCGCAGAGAUCGGGGCACGCCCAUCAGGCAGAGCAGCAAGCUGCGGUACCAGGCGCGUCAGGGGGAGCUGCUGGACUACCUGACUGACUUUCACAUCAGUGAGGAGGAUCUGAAGACGGCGAAAAUGGUUAGUGGUAAUGGUCCACAAAACAGCUACCAUUCUCGACAGCAGUUUACCAUUGAAAGCCUUACUGAGCCCUUCACCUUGCCGUUGGGAUUGGGCAGGAGCGUGCGUAUGAUCACUCCUGACGGAAUCCAUGUUCUUCGACUACAAACGAUAUGGUCCAUUGCACGAAUGCCUGUGUGGGACGGUUCGUGUUUUCUUUGGGUCUUCAACAACUCGACGCUCAUGUCUUCCUCACACAGGUCUCGUCCGCGCUCGUCUCGAGCUCUCUACCCUUUCAGAGCAUGUCAACACGCGCACGGUCGUCGUUCGCAUCCUCGACAUCCUCGAUGGCCCCCGCCUCGUUUGGCACGGCGCAGCCGGCGGCGUGGACGAGUCACAAGAUGUUGA